GAGAUUUGCAGGGACCAAGCGUCAUUUCCGGCCACUUGUGACGCCGCCAUCUUGCUUUGGGUUGGAAACUUGCGUACCUGUGGUUCGGCUGGAAAUCUGUCCUGCCACGGGUUUUACAGGCUUUAUCCAGUCCAUACAGAAGAAGAAGGAUUUCCCCGGAACCAGUAGGGGCGCUAUGAACAACGAAGCCGGUAGAGGUGGUGGUGAUGAAGCUGUGAACUUGCUGGAUGACAUCCUGUGCCUGUCUGGGGAAACCCCUGCUGAUGACGAUCUCUUCAUGGAAAACAAGGACAAAGCCGAGGGCGCCAAGAAAGGUAUGACAGGAAAGUCAGGAAGACUGAAACACAGGAAAGCAGCUGGGACCACACGGGCCCAGAGGUCCAACAACGCUGCAGACAAGUCUCCCCGCCAAAAGAUGGAAGCACCGGGAGACGACAAGACUGCAGAAGUGCCCGGGAAGACACUUGUAGGCGGUAACUCAGCGAACAAAGAGACACUCGGAGGGAGUGAGAGGAAGAAGGGUCCCGGGCGUGGAAGGAAGGCCCGAGAAAAUAAGAAAAACGUAGAAACCAGUCAGGAGAGUGACAAGGAGAAGAAACAAGAGAUGGAAAAGCCAGAGAGAGAAGCAGCUAAAGUCAAGCAGAAAGAGAAAGAUGUUAGUAAGCAGCUUCUUGACAGGGCCCAGACAGAGGGUAAGUUAUCUGGUGUUAUUUAG